UACACGAAUCCACUAACUAUACGACGCUCUAGAUAACAGCAUCUACAAAAUUACUAAAAUGUAAAAAUGGGUGGGAACAAGGUUCGGGAAAUCUGAUCCUAGAUCUGUGGAUAGGUUAGUAUCUAACGCUAGUGACAUAGCGACAGAUACAAUAUAGACAGUUCAAUCUAGACCAGUUGACUGAAGCUGGCAUCGAGACCGCUGGACUGAAGAUGGCAUCGAGACCGCUGGACUGAAGCUGGCAUCGAGACCGCUGAACUGAAGCUGGCAUCGAGACCUCUUAACUGAAGCUUGCAUCAAGACCGCUGAACUGAAGCUGGCAUCGAGACCUCUUAACUGAAGCUUGCAUCGAGACCGCUGGACUGAAGCUGGCAUCAAGACCGCUGAACUGAAGCUGGCAUCGAGACCGCUGGACUGAAGCUGGCAUCGAGACCGCUGGACUGAAGCUGGCAUCAAGACCGCUGAACUGAAGCUGGCAUAGAGACCACUGAACUGAGGCUGGCAUCGAGAACGCUUAACUGAAGCUUGCAUCGAGACCUCUUAACUGAAGCUGGCAUCGAGACUGCUUAACUGAAGCUGGCAUUGAGACAGCUGAACAGAAGCUGACUGGCAUCGAGACCGCUGGACUGAAGCUGGCAUCCAGACCUCUUAACUGAAGCUUGCAUCGAUACCACUUAACUGAAGCUAGCAUCGAGACCUCUUAACUGAAGCUGGCAUCGAGACCGCUGAACUGAAGCUGGCAUCGAGACUGCUUAACUGAAGCUGGCAUUGAGACAGCUGAACAGAAGCUGACUGGCAUCGAGACCGCUGGACUGAAGCUGGCAUCCAGACCUCUUAACUGAAGCUUGCAUCGAGACCGCUGGACUGAAGCUGGCAUCCAGACCGCUUAACUGAAGCUUGCAUCGAUACCACUUAACUGAAGCUAGCAUUGAGACCUCUUAACUGAAGCUGGCAUCGAGACCGCUGAACUGAAGCUGGCAUCGAGACCACUGAACUGAAGCUGGCAUCGAGAAUGCUUAACUGAAGCUUGCAUUGAGACCUCUUAACUGAAGCUGGCAUCGAGACCUCUUAACUGAAGCUGGCAUCGAGACAGCUGAACUGAAGCUGGCAUCGAGUCCACUGGACUGAAGCUGGCAUCGAGACCGCUGGACUGAAGCUGGCAUCGAGUCCACUGGACUGAAGCUGGCAUCGAGACCACUGAACUGAAGCUUGCAUCGAGACCGCUGGACUGAAGGUGGCAUCCAGACCGCUUAACUGAAGCUUGCAUCGAGACCGCUGGACUGAAGCUGGCAUCCAGACCACUUAACUGAAGCUGGCAUCGAGUCCACUGGACUGAAGCUGGCAUCGAGACCGCUGGACUGAAGCUGGCAUCGAGUCCACUGGACUGAAGCUGGCAUCGAGACCGCUGAACUGAAGCUGGCAUCGAGACCGCUGAACUGAAGCUGGCAUCGAGACCUCUUAACUGAAGCUGGCAUCGAGAACGCUUAUCUGAAGCUGGCAUCAAGACCGCUGAACUGAAGCUUGCAUCGAGACCGCUGGACUGAAGCUGGCAUCCAGACCACUUAACUGAAGCUGGCAUCGAGACCUCUUAGCUGAAGCUGGCAUCGAGACCGCUGGACUGAAGCUGGCAUCGAGACCGCUGAACUGAAGCUGGCUGGCAUCGAGACCGCUGGACUGAAGCUGGCAUCGAGACCGCUGGACUGAAGCUGGCAUCGAGACAACUGAACUGAAGCUGGCAUCGAGACCACUGAACUGAAGCUGGCAUCGAGACCACUGAACUGAAGCUGGCAAUCCAGACUGCUUAAGUGAAGCUGGCAUCGCAACCGCUUUGUCCUAAAAAUGCUUUCCAGUUUCACUGACGCGCAGCUAACUCGCUUGUGAUGGCUGAUGCGCCAAAAGCCUCCCUCACUCUUGUUUCACUUUGUAAAACAAUGGAUUGUAGCCCAAUAACAAGGAACAGCGUUCCCGACCUAAGUCUGUUCUUUGUCAUUGGGAUACAAUCCACAGCUACGCUAUUUAAAAAAAAAUGCCUUAUCGUGGUGUAGUAGGCUAUUCUGAAUUAUUUCUCAACAGACAGCAGUAAUUAUAUAACUUUGGCAAAUGUAUUUACAUUUAUCAGUGGUGAUGUAGUUCCCUCAGAAACUUUCUCGCGAUUCUAUUAGGAAAUAAAUGACGAAGUGCAACGCUGGAGAGAUGAGAGUUGCAGGCUGAUGUCUAUCAGAGCAGAGAGAGAGGGAGAGAGAGAGAUCAUAGAAAGUGUAUCUCAUUUUUGUUUUGCGAGAUAUACUGGCGCGCUUCUCACACAGCCAAGGGUUGGCCUCACACAUAAGUUACAAUGUUGCUCAAACCAAAUAGGCUCCGGAACAAAACAGUCCAAAACGGAGAAGAUCCGGCUCAAAUUAAGCACUGAUGACGAGCGUUCAGAUGGUGAUGGUGAGGAGAUUUUUAGUCUUCGGCAACUGUUGCUGUACCACAGCAAGUGAGCGAAUGAGGGGACGUGAACAUUUCCAAUUUUCUUUAGUACUGGCUGGGGGAAUGACGAUCUGCUGGCUCGUCUUCUCAUACUGUGCAUCCGUGUCUCUCACCCAGGUGAAUCGCCAGGUUGUGCUGAAUCACAGAUUACAGCGUAAGCAAGCCAAACUGAUGGAACCGGUGAGGACUGACGUGUUGACUGUAACCCCGUGGCUGGCUCCUAUAGUCUGGGAAGGGACUUUUGACCCCCAGGUCAUAGACGAGGCCUUUAUGUCACAAAACCUCACCAUCGCUACCACUGUGUUCGCUGUAGGGAGAUACACUCGUUUUCUCCGGGACUUCUUAGAGUCAGCUGAGAAGCACUUCAUGGUGGGGCUGGACGUGCAUUACUACGUGUUCACCGACCUGCCCGGCGACGUGCCCAACAACGUGACUCUGGGUGUCGGCAGACUGCUCAGCAUUGUGAGGGUGCCGAAGUUCGACCGCUGGCAGGAGAUAUCCCUCCGCCGGAUGGAGCUCAUCCAGACUGCCAUUAAGGAUCACAUCCACCGGGGGGCGAACUACAUAUUCUGCCUGGACGUAGACAUGAGGUUCCACGGCCGUGUGGGUCCUGAAGCUCUGGGGAGACUGGUGGCCGCCAUCCACCCCUGGUUCUACAUGUACCCCCGGAGCCAGUUCCCCUACGAGCGGAGGACCGUCUCCACAGCCUACAUACCCAUGGACCAGGGAGACUUCUACUACCAGGCCAACAUAUUCGGAGGAGCGUUGGAAGAUGUUCACCGGCUGACCAAGACGUGCAGGGAGCACCUGGAGGUUGAUAAGUCAGUGGGCGUGGAGGCUGUGUGGCAGGAAGAGAGUCACCUGAAUUGGUACCUGUUGAGGAACAAGCCAACCAAGCUCCUGUCACCGGAGUAUGUUUGGGACGACGCUAAAGGACAGGAUGCCAAGGAGAUAAAACUGGUCCGCUUCUCCUCUGUCAUUAAGAACAAGGCAGAGGUCAGGGAGAACCUCUGAGAGGAGAAAAUAAUAUAUGUCUUUGACACAAGCUGCAGGGAAGAGAGGAAAAAGUGGAGAGGAAAGAGGGAAGGAGGAGAGGGAAGGAGGGAAGGAGGAGAGGGAAGGAGGAAAGGAGGGGAGAGGAGAGGAGAGGGAA